ACGUCCUGUUUCUACCAGACCCUUAGGCCAGUUGAGUGCCGACAACCGAAUUUCAAAAUUGCAAUAGAACUGAAGGCCUGGUCGCGAUAACUAACCGCAUGUCCCAGGAUGAACUAUCUCUUCGCUUCUCCGCGGCAACCGCGAGCAAGAGACCCAUCUCGCAACGAGCAACACCAGCACCGGUCCCCGACUUCGCAUCCUUCCUAGUCGCCUUCAUCGACAUCUUUAUGAGCGAUGGCUUCUACACCGACUUUGGCGCGGCCGACGACAUGGUGUGCGUCAAGGUCAUGGGCUCCGACGCCCUGUUCGAGACGAAGCUGGUCGAGCCCCGAUGGGAGAUUAUCCUGCGAAGCCAGCACGUUGUGCUCCGGCGCCCUAACCUUGCCAUCGACGCCGCUACUAAGCGCUCCGUGGACCCCAAACUGGUCAAGGCCAUCGUCACCGACCUGCGCGUCAUGUACCAUCCGGCGUUACGGCACCACCCCAACAUCCUCGCCGUGCACGGUUGUGCAUGGCUCAGCGAGCCGCGCCUCCUAGUCAUCUCGGCAUGUCCCGCCAUCCUUCCGCUCGACUUGGACGCGAAGCUGCGACUCGCAGGCGGGAUCGCCCGCGGCGUCAGCGCCUUGCACGCCUGCCGUAUUGUUCACUGGGACCUCGGACCGGAAAAUGUCUUGGUGACGAGGGGACAAGACGGAAAGCUCACGGCGAAGCUCGCGAGCUUCGCCAUGUCGCUUGUCUUGGACGAAGGCUGGUCUCCUGAGCCGUGGGCGGGGGGGACGCGCCACUGGAUGGCUCCCGAAUGGGGCACGGCGGGUACAGACGAGGAGCUGUAUAGCACGGAUGAGUCGUCAUCUGUGGGCAUCGAGAGGGCUGGAGAAAUUCGCGCCCUCCUACAGUCGCUGCUCGGGCCGGCGAACAAGCGGUCUCUGGACCUGCUGCUUCGUUCCCAGGCUAACGACUAGCUUUUCGAUCUCUCAGACGUGUCACUCCAGACACCUAGGGGAGGAGCCUUUUUGGACCGACCGCUGUUUUUCGAUUACUCUCUGCACCACCUACCAUUGUAUGCGCAGGGCCAGAUUCUGGAUUCUCUCUCCCAAAUCGGG